CUGAGUUGAAAUUUUGAAUUUUUUUCUUUUGAGAUUUUAUAUUUGGAUCUUGAUUUCUUGAUAGUUUGUUGUUCAGUAUGGUAUUCAAAAAGAUUAAAAAGUUUCAUUUUGAGUUUAUAUUGAUGGUUGAUAUUAGAUUAAAUUUCAUAGUUGCUUCUCGAUUUCUUGGCAGUUGAUUUUUUCCAUUGUGAUGAAUAAUUCUCUCCAUGGAUUUGUAAUUUCGUGUGGCUAGUUGCUUUAUCUUUGGCCAACCAUUAGAAGUAGUAGUUCAUUCCGAAGCUAUUUUUGGAUUUGAAAAAGAUCGUGAAAGAUAUACUCAAAUUAGAUGGCAUCUCUUACUUAUUCAAUAUCACGAAGCCUUGUAAGAAAUUUUGUGAUCGGCCACACAUGAACAUUCCCAAGAUGCAUGAGCAACAUGCCCGAGAAUACGGUGUAUGGUGGUCCCAAGCUGCAGGACCCAAACAAAAGAACAACACUAGCCACUCUGAGACAGAAACAUCAGAAGGGAGAGCCCAUAACCAUGGUGACUGCGUACGACUACCCUUCUGCGGUGCAUCUUGACAUGGCCGGGAUUGACAUAUGUCUUGUGGGCGACUCUGCUGCCAUAUGGUGGUUCACGGCCAUGACACCACUCUGCCCAUCACCCUUGACCAGAUGCUUGUGCAUUGUCGAGCUGUUGCCAAAGGGGCUAAAUGCCCUUUCCUUGUUUGUGACCUCCCUUUCGGGAAUCGAAGCCACCUACGGCUUCGGGAAAGAUCCCUUGCAGGUAUACAACUUGAUGGUGAAAGCUAGCAGCAUCAAACAAGGAGACCAGACACUAGAGAAGGUCUAUAGCCAAUUGCAAGCUGUGUGGAAGGAAAUCGACAGGAGGCGACCCAACCCGAUGAAAUGCCCAGAGGAUAUGACGAUUUUCACACAAAUUCAACAACAAAAUCGUCUGUAUUAAUUUCUACAAGCCAUAAACGAAGAGUUUGAUGUAGAAAAACGUGAUAUCCUCAAAACAGAUCCCCUCCCCUCCGUAGAAGAGGCAUACGCCCAAAUCAGGAGGGAGGCUACCAGGAAAGGAAUAAUGAAGGGAGACGAUGGGCCUUCAUCGGGAGAUGUUCCCUCAGGUCUUGGCAGUGGGUUCGCAGCCACACGGGCUGGAUUGCGAUCGGAAAAGGAGGUAUCAUCAUCUCGCAUAAAUGAGGACAAAUCAAAAUUGAAAUGUACCUAUUGUGGCGGAACCAAGCACACCGCAGAAGGGUGCUUCAAAAGAAUCGGGUACCCAGAUUGGUGGCCUGACAGCCGAAAGAGGGGGAAGAAGCAGCCUAGGGUCGCUGGGGCAGUGGUG